AUGUCAGAAGGUUUCGUAGGAGUCUGUAGGCAGCUACGAGAUAUGGAGCGGCCCUGUCGCAGUAGCUCGAAUUCUCGCAGGCUCUACCCUUUCGGGUCCGUAGCUGGAGAUCGGUUAUCUGAGCUGUUAUGUUGUAUCAUGUGGUGUAAUUUGUUGAUUGAGAAGAAGAUGGGGAAGGACAUGAUGGAGAUCUGGUGGUGUUGUGCGCUUGCAUGGCAGGUCACCCACAAUCUUAAUAAAAUUAUUCUUCGUGUUUCUGAGGGGAGAUCGCACGGGGAUUCCCGGGUUCUCCCCUCUGCUGUCUGUGUCCCGCUUUCUCUUGUGUUUGCCUUCCAAUCAUUGCUCAACUCUGCUAGCGCUGAACUUUCACGAGGUACUCCAACUUCAGCGUUGCAAUCAUUUAGCAUGGGGAUUGCUCCAGUGCCCCCUCUCUGUGCUUCUCUUAUCUAUGCUUUACAAUCACUCGCUGAACAUGAUAGCGCUCACGAAAUUCAGCUGGAAUCUGCAUAA